AGGCUCCGCCAACAUUGACAGUCUUUCCCUUUUCUGACUACCCCUCUCCCUCAUGAACCUUUCAAAACGAUAUCUAGUGAAGUGACAUAUACUUGCGAACAUCCCAAUCAGCUGCGGUAUUAUCCAAGAUCUCCCAGCCUAAUUCUUUGGCCCCACAAGUUGACCCUAUUCGCAGCCUCGCGACUGGAAACUACGCCGGUCAAGAGAGGAUACAAUGGCAGAGGUGCUAGGUGUUGUUGCCAGCGGUAUAGCCGUGACUCAGCUCGCUGGACAAGUGGCGAAGAGCGUUAUCAAGCUGAAGGAAUGCUGGGAUCAAGUCCAGGAAGCGCCUGCCGAUAUCAAAUAUCUCCUUCGCGAGAUCGACUCUCUCAACCUCAUACUGAACCAUAUUCAAGAAGGUCAGACGAAGCAGGAAAAACCAGACUGUCAGUGCAUAAUCUUUGCAUACAACAGAGUUUUUCCUUGUGCAAAGAAGGUGCCGAUGAGCUACGUGGGCUGGCCGAUGAACUGGCCGAGAAGAUUGAUAAGAAGGUAUGGAGGGUAAAGGUAGGGUCGGUGAAGGUUAUCCUGAAGAAGGAAGAUAUCAAAAAGUUGAAAAAACGCAUGAAGCAUGCGAUUCAGGUGCUGCAAUUGUCUUACCAGUGGCAUACCAAUGCUAUGAUCCAACUCCAGCCUGACAUCAUUGUCACCAGAAUGACCAACCACCUCACAACGCUCACAACAGCUAAUACCACACAAGAAGAGUCAGGAACAUCAUUAGGUCGAACUAACGAAAUCCAAGAUACUGGCUCUAUCGUCCAGCGACAGUACGACAUGUGGAUCUCGUCUCCCUCGUGGAUUGCAUACCUUUUCGGGCAGUUCGAAUAUCACCGACGUACACGAAUGUGCAAAGGCCGAGAAAUAAACGACGUGAACGCUAGAUACAAGCUACCUGAUUUCCUGUCCAAUAGAGUGCUGGAUUUUCAGUGCCACAAGAUGUUGACCGGCUGGAGGGUAGACAUACAUACUUUUCGUAUGAUACCCUUCGACAAUCCGUUCUUCGAAGCAAUUGAAAAUGAUGAUAUUACCGCUUUCAGACAUAUGUUAGUGAAUAAAGAAUACCUUGUCACGGACCGAGACGAGGACAAUACAACUCCUCUUCACCUUGCAGUACAGCAUGGCAAUGUUGAAAUAUGCAGAGAAUUAUUGCUAGCAGGUGCGGAUGUCUCCAUUCAAGAUUGCGACUCCGAUACCCCGUUCCAUACCGCCCUACUCUAUGGAGCAGUGAACACAUUUCAUGGAAGCACUGGUGCCUUUGAGAUAUGUCGUUUAUUACUCAAGGAAGGGGCUAUCGACAUUCUCGUUAAUGAUCGCAAAAUCUUUCAAUACUUCCAUGGAUCCCUCGAGAUGUUGCGUUUUCUACAUCGGGAAGUCAAUCACUCAUAUACUAUCGAAACCUCUGUUUCUGCCCAGAAUCGGGUAGCUGUUGCUGCAUGGAUCGCGAAGUCAGCUAGCCGACAUAACACUGCGCUCUUGGUAGAGUACUGGCUGGAAGCUGAAGGCAGCACAGAGAGGGAGCUUCCGUAUUGGAAGGAUGGGAUGGGCAGAAAUUUCUUACACAUUUUAGCCCAGUCCUUUGCUCGAGCUUCCUGUGGCACUAUCCACGAAAAAGUAUUUGAUAAAAGUUUGGAUGGCAAGAUUUUGUGCCAACUUUCAACGACAAGAAACAAGCGCUGCACCUGGCGACCGCUUCUGCGUAAAGCAAUCCUAGCAAGAUGCCCGGUUGUGGCUGUUGAUAACAAGGCGCCCCUUCAAGACUUAAAGGUUGUGGUACACGAGUGGCUCGAAGAUCUUAUGGACUGUGGUGUUGAUCUUCUGCAGUAUGGCGAAGCAGAAGCCAUGCAUUGGAAGCCAGGCAAGUGUGGCUUUGAAUGCUCCUGUACCCUAAGCACCCAGCUGGUGGGAGUAUGCUAUAAGCAGCACAUUUCAUAUUGGCAUUAUCUAAUCGAUGCUUCCCGGUAUAUUCGAUCUGCCACAUGUAGAGGAAUUACGGUCGCAUUUUCAUAUGGACCACGACCUGAGGAUUGGAUCUUAACAUAUACUCCAGGAGGGUCCCAUCAUGAGGAAUUCAAUAAAAUGGUCGAUGGCAACGGCGAUGACGUGUCUCAUCUUUACGGGCCAUCUAAGUAUGAGCAAGACGACCGGAUGGAUGAUGUACUGCCGCAGGAUUAUAUUUCAGAAGAUGAGUUGUCAGAAGAUGGGCAUGAAGAGUCAGACCAGCGACCAGCCGCGCGACCAAUUCCCGGAUCGUGGAGUCUGGACUUCGAAUAG